CAUAAAUGAAUAUCUUUUCCAAAGACAGAUUAGCUUUGAUUAUAUUUGCGUUUGUGUGAUGUGUUUAACUGCGGUAUUGGUUAAUCUUUGCUGCCGGUAACAUUUGUAAAACAAAAAUGGCGCUAUGUUGUGCGAUUUCAAAUGAAGUUCCAGAACAUCCUGUCAUAUCUCCAGUAUCUGGAGCUAUAUUUGAAAGGCGACUGAUAGAAAAGUAUGUAGUAGAAAAUGGGGUGGAUCCAAUAUCAGGGAAGGAGCUUACGGUUGACAUGCUUAUUGAGGUGAAAACAACACCAAUUGUCAAACCAAAGCCCCCAUCCGCUACAAGCAUUCCAGCUAUCUUAAAGACCUUACAAGAUGAAUGGGAUGCUGUCAUGCUUCAUAGUUUUACCCAGAGGCAGCAGUUGCAGACAGCUCGACAAGAACUCAGCCAUGCGUUAUACCAACAUGAUGCUGCAUGCCGUGUUAUAGCGAGACUCACAAAGGAGGUUACUGCUGCUAGAGAGGCUUUGGCAACUUUGAAACCUCAGGCCGGAAUCACCACAAAUCCAGCAGGCAUACCACAACCUGCCAUUGCUGUUGAAGCUGGUGGUGUUGCAAAUCAACCAACAGAACAAGCUGGAAUGACAGCAGAAGUAAUACAGAAACUACAGGAUAAGGCAACAGUUCUAACACAGGAACGUAAAAGACGUGGAAGAACGGUUCCUGAGGAACUUGUGUCUCAUGAUUCUAUUCGCACGUUCCAUACAUUAGCUUCUCAUCCAGGUCUUCAUAGUGCUAGCAUACCAGGUAUACUUUCGCUGGACAUUCAUAGUGCUGAUACUAGUAAAAUUUUAACAGGCGGUAAUGAUCGAAAUGCAACCGUUUUUAACAAAGACACCGAACAGGUUGUUGCUAUCCUCAAAGGACACACAAAGAAAGUUACAAGAGUUAUAUAUCAUCCAGAAGAGGACUUGGUGAUCACUGCUUCACCUGACACUACAAUUAGAGUAUGGAAUGUACCAACAUCACAGACUACUCAGAUGCUGAGAGCGCAUGAUGGGCCAGUGACAGGUCUUUCCCUCCAUCCCACUGGAGAUUAUGUGCUUUCAACUUCUACUGAUCAGCACUGGGCAUUUUCAGAUAUUCGAUCAGGAAGAUUGCUUACGAAAGUUGCUGACCAAGGGUCAUCAGGUAUAGCGCUGACAACAGCACAGUUUCACCCUGAUGGUCUUAUAUUUGGAACAGGAACAUCAGAUUCACAAGUUAAGAUUUGGGACUUGAAAGAACAAUCUAAUGUGGCAAACUUUCCAGGUCACUCUGGACCAAUAACAGCUAUAUCAUUCUCAGAAAAUGGUUAUUACUUAGCUACAGCUGCAGAUGAUGCUUGUGUAAAACUGUGGGAUUUGCGAAAAUUGAAGAACUUCAAAACGCUGCAGAUGGAUGAAGGUUAUGAAAUACGUGACCUGUGCUUUGACCAGAGUGGAACUUAUCUUGCUGUUGCAGGAACAGAUGUCAGAGUGUAUCUUUGCAAGCAGUGGCAAGAGUUAAAAGUGUUCAAUGACCACACAGCUAUGGCUACAGGUGUUCGCUUUGGCCGUCACUCGCAGUACAUUGCAUCUACUAGCAUGGACAGAACUCUGAAACUCUAUGGGAUGUAACUGAAAUAAAUCAGUAAUAACUGUAUGUUGCAGGUGUACCUGUGUGGAUAUUCACUUCAACAUUUGGAAGCAUGACGCUGCAAGUUUGGAUGUCCUUAGCAAUUAAGGACACUUAACAUGCUUCCAUCAUAGAGAAAGUGACGGAGAUUCUGUAGCAUAUCACGGAAGCACAGAAUUUUACAAGCGCGUGCCCGCGCUCUGUGUGUGUGUGUGUGUGUGUGUGUGUGUGUGUGUGUGUGUGUGUGUGUGUGUGAGUGAGAGAGAGAGAUAAUGUUGCUUCUUAGGAAAUGAUCAUCCUACUCUUAAAAAUCAUGACUGUAUUAUUUGCUAUAAUAAAUAGACUUUUAGACAA